AUGGAAAAGGAAGGCAUCGACGUUGACAAACACGACUUCCAUCGUGAGGAUGACGAGGCAUCCUUGAAGGACAAAGACAAGGAAGAGGUUGCUGGUUCAUCGAAUGAUGUGGAGCAGACAUCAGCGAAGCUUGAAGAGCAGGGAAAGGCUCCUUGUGCGUCAACGGCUAUAGACAUGAACAUGUUAUUGGGUGCCAUAUCACAGAUAUCAUCCCAGCUGCAAGUGCAGGAAACACGCAUGUCAUCGCAGUUAGAUGAAAAGAUUACUCAGCUUCAAGAGAAUUUAUUCAAAAAUAAUUCGGAACUCAGAGAGAGACAGGAUAAAAUCGAGGAACGACAAGAUAACAGGACAAAGUCGAAGCUAAGGUGGAUGAGCUUGAAGAUCGUCUCCGGGCGAAUAAAUGAUGAACAAUGUGCAACAGAAGAUGCUGCUUUUGCUGCGAAGUUUAAACGAAAUGAAUUCAAAAGUGAAUCAAAGCCAAGUAUCGAUGAGUUGAAAAGGAAAACCAAAUGCAACGCUUGCGGUCAAAUAGGGCAUUGGGCGAAAGAUAAAAAAUGUCCAAAGUCUAAAAAUUCAUCCAGUAUAAAUAAAAGCAAAAAACGUGCAAGUAGCAAAGACAAUAAAAGUUUGAAAGACAGAGAUGAGUUAGCAUGGUCUACGGUUGUGCGUGCAAACAAAUACGACGAUUCAAAAUCCAACUAUUGGUGUGUUGAUUCGGGUGCAACGAGUCAUAUGACUUAUCGUCGUGAAUGGUUCUCGGAAUUGAGAGAAUAUGGCGGUCAAGUGAAGUUGGCCGAUCGCCGUCAUGUCGAAAUACGAGGCAUUGGUACAGUUCUUAUUGAUUCAUGA